CACUGCAGUGAAAGUUCGUUCGUUCAUGAGCGACCACACUAAACAAAACCGAUUGAUUUCUGUUCCAAAUUUUACGUAAUUCUACCUGCGAAAAUGUCGCUUGUACGCCAAGUAAUGUGCAGGACUACAUCCUUUCAGCUAUUAAACGUCAAUAAAAUCACAACUUCCCGCUGCGCUUCUACCAAAGAUACUGCUCCAUUGGAUCUAAAAACGGCCUUGGCCCGUCCUGAGGAGUUGGAACAGCGCAACAAAUUGAGUGGAAAGAUCACCGUGCCCACUGCCGUAAAUCUUGGUCCCAUUUCCGGAGUGCCCGGGGAGCAGCUGAAGGACCGUCGUGUGCGCAUUCACAUACCACCUAAGAAUGCAAUGCAAAGCGGCACAGACAACAUUAACACUUGGCAGAUUGAGUUCGACAAUCGGGAGCGAUGGGAAAACCCUCUAAUGGGCUGGGCCUCUUCUGGCGACCCGCUCUCCAAUUUAAAUGUGCAGUUCGGAACCAAAGACGAAGCCAUCACCUACUGUGAACGCAACGGCUGGCGUUGGUAUAUCGAUGGCGAAGAGAAGCCCAAGAAGGAGCGCGUCAAGAACUACGGGAUCAACUUUUCCUGGAACAAGCGCACACGUGUCUCCACCAAGUAGAUUGGGCAGUUUAAUCACUCGAUGAACUAUCACUGUUGAAAUACAUGAACAAAAAAAUCA